AUGCGCGCAUGUGCAGUCAGAGAUUCAGAUACUUGGCGGUGCUCGCUUCGAUUCGUUUUCGAGUUUCAUUUCGUUUCGCUCGUCGGCGGUUGGGAGUUCCGAGAUCCAGUCGGAAGAUAUAUGCCUGCUAUAUAUGCCAGUGGUGUGCCGUGGUCGCCGCAUCUUCACCAGCAUCCCUGCGCGCAAUAAAAGUGAAAUUCAGUGACCCCCGCUAAAAAUUGGCAUUGCCAAAAAUUACAAUCAGCUUUUUUGUUUCGUUUUUUUGGUUUUUUGUUCGAGUGCUUCUCUCGCGUAGUGAUUAAUCGAUCGAUAAGUUGUUAAACAAAUCGCCGGAGAAAUUCAAAGGAAUUUCACAGGUAGCCAGGGGGCAGUUUACCUGCUCGCCGGGGAAAAUCCAAAUCAAUUUUCGGCGGAGAGGAGGAGUUCGACCUUCGAGGAGAAGGUGUGUGUUUGCAGCUCAUCAGCAGCACCUGAGAAUAUUACCGAGAAGUCGUCUGUUCGGAAAAUGGCUCUCCAAAGGCGAACGCGUUGCUUGAGCCUUCUCACCUUGGUUUUGGCCUCCAGCUUGACCAUUGCCAGUUCACAAACUUUAACCAGAAGUGGAGGAGGCUCAUCCCUGCCCGCCCAACCGGCGGAUCAUCUGGUGCCGCCACCACUUCCCGUUCCCCAAAGACUUUCCCACGCGGGUGCAGGAUCUCCAGCGGUUGCCACAUCCUCUGUGGCACCUUCCAAUCCGGAGGCUGGCUUCAUGACCCGCGUGGCCAGGUGGUUUGGCCUCGGCGGUGGUGGUGCUGGGGGUGGUGCUGGUCAGUCCACCAAGGAUCAGCAGCUGAGUGGCAGCAAUUCGCUGAGUUACGCUUAUCCAAAGCCAGCUUCUGGUUUCGAUGCGGGUGGCAAGCCCUGCAGUUUGUGCAACAAGUAUCCCUGGGUGCCCAUGGUGGGGCAUGCUCCUCCGCACCAGCAGCAGCAGCAACAGCAACAGCAACAGUUGCAAGUGCAGCAGCAGCAACUGCAGCAUAUUCCGCAGCAACAAUUGCAGCAAGUUACCCAGCAACAGUUGCAGCAUGUUCCUCCGCAACAGCAACAUUUGCAGCACGUUAACCCACAACAGCAGCAACUGCAGCACAUUCCCUUGCAACAGCAACCUGCCACUUGGAACUUGCAGCAGCCCUUGGCCCAGGCAUCCCAGCAACGCCAGCGAGCGGUGCAAUUCCGUCCAGGUUCCAGCCAAGGUGUCUUCCUUCCAUUGGCGGUGCCAUUGCCGCCGCUUUAUGGAGCCCAACCCUUCCGUCCGCCGAAGGAGAACGCCGUGGCCCAGUCGGAGGUGCGACCCGUUCCAGUCUCCCUGCCACGACCCACUGCUGCACCACCAGCUGCACAAACACCACCCAGUGGUUCCAGCAACUUCGAGAUCGUGCAGAGCCACCAGGUGACGGACUUCGUGACCUCCGUGGAGUACCCAGCCACCUUUGUCCAAUCGCAUGCCAUUGAUUUGGGAUCGAGUGGCAAUCAGGGAAGUGGAAUUGCGGCGGAGGAACCCCAGGUGGACAUCAGCACGGUGCGGUAUCAGCUGGAGGAUCUGAGCAGUGGCCAAGUGCAUCAGCAUCUGCCCGCCUCCCAGUUGCUCACGGAGAUUGGUCACUUUGCGGAUAGCACCACGCAACCACCGCCGGCGGAUAAUUAUCCAGCUGCCUCGUCGCAACAGCAAUUGCAGCAGGAGGAGGAUCAGGAGCAGGAGCAGGAGCAGAACUUCUACUACGCGGAGCAGUUCCCGGAGGAGACCAGCACCCUGGUGUACAGCACCACCACGGAGUUGCCACCCACCACCACGACGCCGGCUCCACCUCCAUCCUCGCCCGCUGUGGAGUUGAAUAACCACCUGGCUGCAGUGCAGCAGAACCACAAUUUCCGUCAGGGAAUCGGAAGGGGAAGGGAGACCCCAAAGCGACUGCUCGACUCACCGAUUAACCAUGCGGGUGGACGACCCUUUACCCGCGACCCCGCUGAUCUGGGUUUCCGGGUGAGUCAGGUGUACACGCCCACGCAGCCACCCACGCCCACCUCCACCUAUGGAGCCAUCGAUGCCAGUGGCCAGUUUGCGGGGAUGUCGCCGCCGAGUCCGCAGCAGGUGAUCAUACCCUACACCACCAAGCAGAGGCCACGCCCCUUCGAGAGUUGGACGCCCACAAAGCAACACCACCAGGGUAAUCACCCAGGGAACCACCAGGGUAACCACCAUAACCAUCACAGCAACGAUCUGGAGGAGGAACCCCACGAACAGCAGGAGUCCAAGCUGGCCACGGCUACGGUUACGGCACCACCGAAUGCCCGCCGCACCACCAAGUACCUCACCAAGAUCCUGGCCUCCAACCUGAGGGAGCUGCUCAAGCGGGAGCGGGAAACGAAGAGGCAACCAGCCGGUCAGGUUUUGGGUGUGGACAUCAUGCGAUUGCAGCACAACAUCGAUGGAUGGACCGAGCAGGAGUACAAUUCCCUUUCGCAUCGACCCAGCACACCGACGAUCCGGGGCAGGUCCAAGCACAUCCCAUCCGAGUACCUGACCACCACCACAACCACACCGCCGCCCAUUUCGGUGGGUCACAGCCAGCGCCAAUCGAAAACCACGCGAGGUGAGGGUUUCGAACUGGGCGGUGCUCCGCCCACCGAUGCCGGGGAUCUGUCCACCUCAAUCAACAACCUGGAGCAACUGCAUCUGCUUGGCGAACGGGGAUCAAAGGGUUUCCAGCCCAUCGACGAUAAUCGCCUGCACUUUGAUUACUACGAUGGUCAACAUCGUCUAAGAUCCACGCCAGCAAUGAACACAAAUCAAGGAAGUCCAGGGUUCACCACCACCACAGAUGCACCACCCACCACCAGCACCACCUCAACGACGCCGGCGGUGGCACCGCUCUACGUGCGCAGCACUCCCACGCCCAAGGAGCUGUGGAACCAGGCCCAGGUGGCCAUCCUGCCGCAAACCAACGAGAAGGUCUACGUGGUCACGCCGCAGCCGAGGCACCAGGAGCACCGCAGCCGGGAGGGCAAGGCGGAGAGCUUGAGGGAGGGGGAACGCCACGAGGCAUCCGCGUCGGCACCCAGGCCAGUUUACCAGACGCCAGCGCCCCGGUUUCCACGGAUGCGACCCACUCCAGCUGGCGAAGUGAAGUCGGCCACGCCCACCAGUUCGUCGCAGGUGCGCAACUAUACGCCGGAUAUCUUCGGGCUGAUGGGACUGUCAUCCUACGUGCCCGCGGAGCCCGUGGAGAUAAUCGAUGGAAAUUCCAAAGUCAACACGAUUGUGACGGCAGCGCCGACGGCGGCUGCGCUGCAGCGACCAACAGCGCGGUCAACGAUGUCGCCUUCGCCAAGAUAGAGGUCGGACCAAGGUCAAAUCCGAGCCUCAUCCUCCUGCCCACACCUAUUGUAAUAUAUUUCCCCCGCCACCCCGCCCCUUACGGCCACAUCCAC